AUGCACUUGGGGGUAUACCUGGCUCUGGUAGCCACCGCUUGCUACGCACUAGAUCGCAAUGUCGGCUACCUCAUGUCCAGAGAUCUCAAUGCAGCUGCUAAUGGACAGCUAAGGUGCUAUGUAGGUAUAGUCACUAACUAUAACAACACCUCGAUUGGAACGGAAGUAUUCUGCGAUGGUUCCUGCGGAUCUAUAUCAACGCAGGCUGGAGGAUACAAUUUCACUACGUACAACUGCUUCCCGACAAGCUUCUGCGACAUGGCAAAUUUGACAAACACUUGUGCCACGAUUUACGUGGAUCGAGAUUUGUCAGGCUGUUGCUGUAACACGGAUAACUGCAAUGUACAAGGUACCAACAUUAACACCACCAUUCCGGUGGCACCACCUGAGGAGCCGAUUGCCUGCUAUUCGGGAAUCUCCAUCAACAACGUUACCACAGCUGGUUCUGGUUGGAUCGCAUGCCAAGGUAACUGCAUUUCGAUCUCCGUUUUUACUCGAAUGAAUGGAAAUCCUUUGGUUGGUACGAUUUACUCCUGUGAUCCGACAUCCGUCUGCACUGCUUUGGGUAUCGAGAAUCGUUGUCAUCCGAUUGAGCCAGGAGUCGUGGGUGCUUGUUGUUGUACCACAGACGCCUGUAUCAAUCCUACUGUUAAUCCACCUAAGGAACCUUUUGGACCAUUGGGUUGCUAUGUCGGUCUCUACUCUAAGAAACAGAAUAUCUCCGCUGGAAUGGAGGUUUUCUGCGACGGACAAUGCGCUACUCUCUCUUCCACCGUUGCCGGAUCCGACAUAGCUGUGUUUGCCUGUGUACCAAAGGCGACUUGCCAGGCUCUACAGCUGUACAACGACUGUCAAACAAUCACUGCCGAUCGCAGUAUCACAGGUUGUUGCUGUGAUAACAUCAACAACUGCAAUGCAGCCAAUUACUCUCUGGGAACACCCCGACCACGUUGGGAGGGAGACUUCCCAAUUGCGUGUUGGUCCGGGAUUCGUGUGAAUCAAAAUUGGAUCACGCCAGGAGGAUGGACAGCAUGCUCGGGAGAUUGUGCUUCGGUCAGGAUUGACACAAUGAUUUUAAAUGCAUCCUACAGCGCUGAAAUUUUCACUUGUGACCCUGCUUCAGUCUGCAACCAGCUCGGUAUGGUAAACAACUGCACUUCCGUGGAGCCAGGAGUUAGCGGGUGCUGCUGCUCCUACGAUGCCUGCCUUGACCCUACCAGACACCCAAACAAGUACCCUGGCAACCCUCUCAAGUGCUAUGCUGGAUUCCAAACGACAUACAACGGAGGCAUGAAUGUCGGGUCAGAGGUUUACUGCAAUGGAAUGUGCGGAGCUCUCAAUACUUUCGUCAACGGAGAAAAUGUCACCACCUAUAUGUGCACGCCCAGAGCUGUUUGCAGGCAACUGGAGUUGUACGACGAAUGGAAGCGAUUACCGAUAGAUCGUGAAGUUAAGGCUCUGUGCUGUGACAAUUUCAACUACUGUAAUGUUCGUGACCCAUCGAUCAACGUCUCCACACCUGUACGAGGCCGACCUGAGUUCCCAAUCACUUGCUACAAUGGUAUCCAAGUCAACGGCGUCUGGAUCACUAAUGCUGGAUGGCAAUCCUGUAAUGGAGAUUGUGCUUCGGUUAACAUCAACACCACCGCAAAUGGUAUGCGACACAGCCUUAGCCUAUACACCUGUGAUCCCACAGCUGUCUGCCGAGGAUUGAACAUGACCAAUGCUUGCGGAAAACUCGAACCUGGAGUAGAUGGAUGCUGUUGUAACACGAACGGAUGCAUCGACCCCUCAAAGUCCCCAGCAAAGACGCCAGCCAAUAAGCUUCAAUGUUACGUCGGACUGUAUGCCGUCAAGGCGAAUAUCAACGUUGGAGCUGAGGUGUACUGUAAUGGAAAAUGCGCAUCAAUGAGAGCAACGGUGAACGGAGACGAUGUGACAUCGUUCCACUGUGUGCCGAGCAGUGUCUGCAGAUCUAUGGAGCUUGACGACGACUGUACGCGACUUCCGGGCGAUCGUGAAGUCAAAGCGUGCUGCUGUGAUAAUGCAAACAGUUGUAAUGUGGGCUUGAUUAACAGAACUGAUGUUGUGAACCCUACCGCUGUUCCAAGCCCGAAUGUCGAGUACCCUAUCUCAUGCUGGAAUGGAGUCUACGUCAACGGCACACCAUUCUCGCAAGUUGGAUUCCAAAAUUGCAAUGGUCAGUGCGCUUCCUUGACUCUGAACACCACUUUGAACGGAAAUUCGCACACAGCUUCGAUCUACGGUUGUGAUCCAACAUCCGUAUGCAGAGCACUCAACAUGACCAACAAAUGCUCCGUAUUUGAACCUGGACUCGGUGGAUGCUGCUGUGACAGCGAUGCCUGCAUCUAUCCUCCCAGGAACAGAGACCCUGGAAACCCACUUCUCUGCUUUGUCGGUCUUUAUGCGCCAAAUGCUGGUAUUAAAGUAGGAGCAGAGGUUUACUGCCCUGGUCAAUGCUCAACCUUUAGUGGCAGACUGAUCAAUGGAGACCACGUGACGACAUUCCAAUGCGCACCUUUGGGCGUGUGCAAGAGUUUGGAGCUCGACAAUACCUGCAGUGCUUUGCCAGGAGAUCGCGACAUCAAAGCAUGUUGUUGCGAUAGUAGCAACAGUUGUAAUGCAGCAAAUUAUACCAACAUCCAAGUUCCUACACCUGCUCCAGUGCCAGAAUACCCGAUAUCUUGCUGGACUGGAAUCUAUGUAAAUGGUAAUCCCGUUACCAGCGCUGGAUUCCGAACCUGCUUCGGUGAAUGCGCUUCGCUCACACUCCAGACCGCUAUGGGUAAUGCGACCAUGUACAUGUGUGAUCCUACAGCGAUGUGCCAGUCUUUGGGCAUGUCCAAUCAAUGCGCAACCGUCGAGUCAGGAUUAAGCGGCUGUUGCUGUAAUACCGAUGCUUGCCUUACUCCAAGAAGGACUCCCGGAAAUCAGCUGACCUGUUAUGUUGGUAUGUACGCCAAGAAAGCCAACAUCAACACUGGAGCUGAGGUUCCUUGUAAUGGCAAGUGCUCAUCGCUGCGCACUACCGUGAACGGUGACGAUGUCACCACCUUCCAGUGCCUCCCAACUAGUGCAUGCAAGUACUUGGCCCUGAACAAUGGCUGCGGUACCCUCACCGGAGAUCGCGACGUCACCGCUUGCUGCUGUGACUGGGAGAACGCCUGCAAUCUCAAAAUCAACAACAGAACCGAUAUCCCUGUUCCGACUGUUUCACCUGUGCCAGAAUUCCCGAUCUCAUGCUGGUCCGGUGUUUAUGUGAAUGGAAAUGCUAUCAGCAAUGCCGGGUAUCAAUCGUGCAAUGGAGAAUGCGCUUAUAUCUCGCUGACCACAAACAUGACAGGUGUUACUUACAAUGCCGAAAUAUACACCUGUGAUCCCACUUCCGUGUGCGGUUCAAUGGGAAUGAUAAACAACUGCUUGACCCUGGAACCCGGAGUACAGGGCUGCUGCUGUAACUCGGACGCAUGCCUUACCCCUAAAAGGAAACCAGGACAUCCUCUCACUUGCUAUGUUGGUAUGUAUGCAAAGAAAGCCGGUAUUAAUACUGGAGGAGAGGUGUGGUGCAAUGGUCAAUGCUCAUCCUUGCGUACGACCGUGAAUAGUGAUGACGUCACCACCUUCCAAUGUAUCCCAACCACUGCAUGCAAGUAUUUGGGUCUCAAUAACAACUGCGGUACUCUCACUGGAGAUCGCGACGUUACCGCUUGCUGCUGCGACUUUGCAAACGGUUGUAACCUUGCCAUAAACAAUAGAACGGAUAUUCCUGUUCCAACUCCUUCACCACUUCCUGAAUUCCCAAUCUCUUGCUGGUCAGGAGUGUAUGUGAAUGGCAAUCCAAUCACCAAUAUAGGAUUCCAAACUUGCUACGGAGAAUGCGCAUCUAUUGCACUAACCACCGGUUACGGUAAUGCUACCUACAAAGCCGAGAUCUACACUUGUGACCCAACCUCUGUUUGCAGCUCAAUGGGAAUGAGCAACAACUGUUUGACGAUUGAGCCAGGAGUGCAAGGCUGCUGUUGUAAUACCGAUGCAUGCCUUACCCCAAGAAGGAAACCCGGAAAUGUGCUCUGGUGUUACGUUGGUCUCUACGCAAAGAAGGCAAAUGUCAAUGUUGGAGGAGAGGUUGCCUGCGAUGGACAAUGCUCUUCACUGAGUGGAAUUGUUAACGGUGACAUGGUAACCACAUUCCAAUGCGUACCCAAAUCAAUUUGCAAGUCUUUGGCUCUGGAUAACCACUGCGCUUCACUUCCCGGAGAUCGUGCAGUGAAAGGAUGUUGCUGCGAUUUUGGAAACAGCUGUAACGUUAACCAAACUGGCAUUCCCGAUAUCAGCAUUCCAAUGCCAGCACCCAGCAGUGAGUUCCCAAUUUCUUGCUGGAGUGGAAUCUACGUCAAUGGAAAUGCCAUCACCAAUGCUGGAUUCCAAUCUUGCUACGGUGAAUGUGCUAGUGUCACACUCCAAACAUGGGUAAACGGUACACAGACCAAUGCAACUAUCUACACAUGCGAUCCUACCUCUGUCUGCAAGAGCCUCAACAUGAGUAACAAUUGCGCCACUGUAGAAACGGGAUUGUCCGGAUGCUGCUGUAACGAUGAUGCCUGUCUCACUCCUACCAGAUCACCAGCCAACAAUCCUCUUAUGUGCUAUGUUGGAGUAUACGCUAAAAAGGCUGGUGUCAAUGUUGGAGCUCAGGUGCCUUGCGUGGGAAUGUGCUCUACUCUCAAUGGUAUCGUCAAUGGUGACAAUGUUACCACCUUCCAAUGUGUGCCAACCAGCGUGUGCAAAACACUUUCCGCCUACAAUGGUUGCAAUUCACUGCCAGGAGAUCGUGGAGUUAACGGAUGCUGUUGCGAUACUCCAAACUGUAACUUGGCUAGCCGACCAGACAUCAUCGAACCACCACCAGCGCCAGUGUCAGAGUAUCCAAUUUCCUGCUGGAGCGGUAUGUACGUCGACGGCACCGCCAUCAGCAACGCAGGGUACACAACUUGCUUCGGUGACUGCGCUUCAGUGACUCUGAACACCACAUUCAACAACGAAACACAUUCUGCCUCUCUGUACAUGUGCGAUCCUACCUCAGUCUGUAGAUCUCUAAAUAUGACAAACCAAUGCGCUACUGUUGAGCCAGGCCUUGGUGGAUGCUGCUGUAACACAGAUGCGUGCCUUAACCCACUUACCAACACUUACCCAGGAAAUGAUCUCAUUUGCUACGUUGGAAUCUACCAUGCACCCUCGUACUAUGUGGGAUCAGAGAUGGUCUGCAAUGGCAAAUGUGCUUCUCUUCAAACCUCUUUCGGUGGUCAGUUACUGAAAUCCUACCACUGUGCACCUACCCCAGUCUGCAAGGCCUUGGCCGUUGAUAACAGCUGCGGCCCCGUGUACAAGGAUUCUGAUGUAACUGCUUGUUGCUGUGACAGCAACAACUGCAACAUAAAGGGUGAUCCCAUCAAAACGAACACCACGGCACCAGCGUUCUCGGGCACACCCAUUGCCUGCCAGUCCGGAAUUUACGUUGACGGAGUGGCCAUCACUGCCGACAACACUUACAUCGCUUGCAAGGGACAAUGUGCUAAGCUUUCAUACCCAACCAACGUCACUGGAGGAUGCCCACAUGUUCUUGAUAUUUACACUUGUGAUCCCGUUAGUGUGUGCUCAGCACUAGGAAUGGAUGGUAGCUGCGUCUCCUCGAUCAACGGUACGGCUGUAUCGGGAUGCUGCUGUGGUUACGACGGAUGCGUCACACCUUCCGCCACGCCCACACCGAAGCCAGGAGCAUCAGCCUCGGUCUCCUCACUUGUCGCAAUCAUUGUAGCUGUAUAUAUACUUUUGCGGCAAUAGUUUUGUUAGGGUCAAGAUAUUAUUAUUCUAUACAUAUUCUAUUGAUAUUGUUGUUUUCCACAAAU